CACGCCGUCCCCAAGAAUGAAGUCAUCAAAAUCCUAUCAAAAGCAGACGCGAUGGACUACUACACAGCUGAUGCACAAGAAUUUGGGAACAAAACUAUAAAAGAAGAAAAUAUCGUUAUUGAAAUUGAUGAUAUCAGAGAGAAGAAACCGAGGCGCAUCUUCCGGGUCCUGCAGUUCCUUUUGGUUACGUAUACUAGUAUUCGUGUACGACCUAGUUUGCUCGUUGUCUGCUGCGGCUGCGUCGCAUUUUUUGGUGCUUUCUUGCCUGCGGCGUCUGCGGCCGGUGGGGAGGAAGUACGAGAAUCCUUCGCGAAGGAUGAAGGUCUUGUCGAGCGCAACCAGGUGGCGGUCGAGGACGAAAACGCGGAAAAAUCCUUCGGAGAUGAGGCCAACAGCGCCGGUCAGCAUUUUCGUCCUCUUGAGAGAGCAAGCGCUCGUCCGAAAGACGAGAGUGAAAGACGAGCGAGCAAAACGCACCUCCUUACAUUCGCCUCGCAUGGAGUGUAUAGGCAGGUUCAAGACAUCGCGGAAAGAGAGGCAACCGCUGCCGGUUUCGCUUCCCACGUUCGCUGGAAAGCCUCUAUGACUUGCUCAACCGUUACAAUCUCCAACGUUACAAUAAAAUCUGGAAGUUGUGUUGCAGGAUGAGCACGACAGACUCGCACAGCGUUCUACCUUUUGCAAUACAAAUUUCGCCAGAUUGUAGUGGGGUUUGGGUCUCCGGAACUUGUCAUGCGCAAUCCUAUGAGAGUUGGCUAGAUCAUGCACUCUUGCAUCACAGAUUUCCAUAUUCUAUUGCAACGCUUUAGAUUGUAACACCUGAGCGGGUUAUAGCCUCGCAGUUGGCGUUCUGGAAUGAUCGGGAAAGAGCGGCGCGCCUCUUGUACGUGUACGCCCAGCAUGAUGUUGAGCCAGAUGCAGAUCGUGAUCAACUAGACGAGAAUAAACAUCAGCCAGAUGAUCGCCACGGAAACCUUCAUAAUACGACCCAGGAGCAGGAGGAUGCCCCUCACAAGAACCGAAACAUCGAGCCUGUCACUGUUGGGGCUUUCGCAGAAACAAACAGCCUUGGGAGCCCAGAGGGGACUCCUGCAUCCACGACUACGUCCACCUCGGAAUUGGAAUUGCUCAGCGCACCUGGUACUAAGGCUGCGAGUCGUUGGUGGGCCCAGACGAGGGGGCCUCUUUUUCAGAAAAUUUUCGAGGCUUUCGGCACAACCUACCCCUAUUUGAAUCCAGCCUAUUUCGCAAAGGCCGUCACUCUGAUUGAGACCCUCUUCGAUGUCUCUGAACAGCGGUCACCGACGUCCUGUGCCAGAAGUGAGGGGAACCAACUGGACUCGUCUACCAAGACGACGGAAAAAGCCAAAGCAUUGGCAACCAGCAUCCCUAGUGCUACAACCGAUGGAGAUAUGAAUGGGCGUACUGAUGAAGAGACGCAGCCUACAACGCCGGCGACUAUUGUUCAGCCGGAAACUACUACACCAGGGCCAGAGUUGAGGACGUCGAUUGCAGCUGCGCAAGAGUGCGAAUCGCCGCCGAGGAUUGGCUGGGGUGACUACGUUCUCGUGACAGACCCAACGAAGCAUUUGGUGGAUGAGACUGAGUCUGGAAAUCUGGUCGAGGCUGUGGUCGAGGAAGAGGUAUCUGCGACAUAUCCUCCUAGCAGCAAGACUGUGAUUGAGGCGCCAUCUAGCAAUCCUACAGAUACAGGGCAGCAUGAACCUCCGAGACGAGAAGGAGGCAAUCAGGGAGAUCUGUUGCUCACAGACUGGCGUCUGUUGAACACCGCCGGGGUCUCGUUUUUGCGCGAUUUGAAUGCAACAGAUCUUGAGACGCUGCAAACCCUGGCGGCGCAAAAUGAGCGGCUUCCUCUCAUUCCCGGGGUGCGGUUGCCGCCCAGUGUACGGUGGGAGUAUUCCACGGAGCGGUUCCGCACACCAUGCACCGACUGGCUCCUAAAGAGCCCCCACGUCGCGUACGUCUUUCGCCGUUACCUGGUCUUGCUCCUGCGCCGAGCGUGGCGUAGCGGCCCGGCACCGCUCUGGCUGGAGCGCUCCAAGAUCAUGGAAGGCCAUCAAGCAAGUGCGGUGGAGAAUAGCGGGGAGCUCAGGCAGUUGCCCCGUGCUGCAGCCGCGCCCCCUGCGAAUUCUGAGAAAAGCAACGGCAGCAGUGCUGCUGCAUUUUCCACCGAAAGCGAAGACAGCACAGACGCACCGCCCGCGGCUGGAGAUGCAUCUUCAACAUGGUGGACGUCAACCUCAGAGGCCCCGCGUUCCGACAGUAAACGCGUGCACGGGGACGAACAAGAAGAUAUGAACAAACGCGAUGUGUACCGGGUGAAACACUUCCCGGACUCGGCCUACAGUGAUUUUCUGUCGUUCGUUGACUUGCCUGCUUUGUGGCACAACGUAACUGGAGGACAGCGACAAGCUGCCGGAUCCGGAUCAGCAUCGGAGGCUAACGAGAUAUCACAGCCGAAAAAUGAAGACCGGUGGUGCUUUGCUCACACACGACUGGUUUUGGUUCACAAAGCGCUGCGUUUGUUCUUUUCGGCGCGCCGCGGUCAAAAUGUAGGUGAGCCUAAAGAAACUCGGAACCGAGUAGAGCCGCAGUCGCUCCCCCACGAAAUCACGCCACUGAUUUCUCCGAUUGACGCUUUCACGACGGGGUGCGUUGAGGUGGAGCUUCUCGUCAAACAAGAAGCUAGGUACAUUGGGCCGGCUAUAUGCGGCCUUUUUGCAGCAGGAUCUGAUGCAGCCUGCACGCCGGCCGGACAUGUGAAUGAACAAGGGAGCGACUCGCAAGAACUCCGGGCGCAACAGUUUCACGACCGAUGCUUCUGGCACUGGCAGACCUAUUCCCCCAUGCACCAAAACACAUGGCUGUUUCUGCGGAAAACGGUAGGUAAUUUCCACUUUCUCCGGCUGUGGUUGCGGCUGCUGCACGACACGCGGCUUCUAUCCAGUUUUCCCUUUGUGGACCAGAGUCCUCUGGGCCACCUGAUUCGGGCUCUGAACCUCCGCACUUUUGCCGUCCCGUCGUUGUACUACCCACGGCUAGGCACGUGUCCUGUCUACGACCUGACGGAAAACUAUCCAGAAAAAACGACCCAUGCCCACCUAAUUUGUCAUGUGAACCAUGCACCAGAGUGAGUCCUGUCCAAAGGCUGUCGCUUGUCAUACAAAAAAUAGACCACUGGGAGCGAGUGGGAUAGGGUCUGUUUCUUUGAAUAAACACGAGAAGACGGCAAUGCUCCGCGAACGCUUUCUUGAAUUCGACAGCAAAACUCUCGGGAACGAAGACGGGCAGCAGAUCGAGCCACUGCACACUGACACUGCACAAACGCACACAUCACGAGGAACCGCUGCAGAUAAGGGCACGGCAACACAUGACGCUGAUCAUGCGCUUGAUGAAACAAGCCACCCUGUUGAACAAGACACGCGACGGCCACAGGAGUCGGCGGAGGUCCUGAAGCACGGGAGGUCGUAUGCGGUACUAGAUCAGGUGAUGCCAGUAUCGCCCUACGGCGUUCCAGAUUUUUUCCCCGUGAACAAACGGUACAAAACGCCGUUCUGUGCUCCCAAUUCCAACCGUAUCGUGCAGCAGAUGCACGGCCUGGGAAAUAUCCUGUACAAAAGUAUCGCACUACGUACUCGUACUAUUUGCAGUCAUGUGCUACAGAUCUACCUUUCUAUCUGAUCUAGCAUAUAAGUACAAAUAGAUUGCAUUUUUGUCUUUAUUGUGGUGCUUCAUCGUAAAAUUUGUCAUCGUCAUUGUGAUUUCUACUAGAGCGAGGUAACAAAUGACCCGUUAACUCGCGCCCGCGAGUUAGCCGUCCGCCCGGCCGGCCGGACGGUUAACUCGCGGUUAGAAAUGUAGACAAAUCGAAAGGUAGCACAAAUUUGAAUCGAAGUGCUCGCCAAUCCUUGGCGAGCCCUUCGGGGUAGAUUUGCACCACAAUUCGAUUUGUCUACACUUCUAACCGCGAGUUAACCGUCCGGCCGGCCGGGCGGCCGGCUAACUCGCGGGUGCGAGUUAACGGGUCAUUUGUUACCUCGCUCCUAGUAGUACGAUACUUUUGCAAUGCAUAGAUGAUGCGGUGAAGCAACUCGGGAAGCUCACAGCGCAGUUGCGGCUUUCACGUUUGCGUUUGCUCCGGGAGAAAGCCGAACAGGUCGAAGCAGAGACUGACCACCAGCACCUUCCCGCCGAUGUUGUUCGGCCGGUAGAAAAGAAGGACACAGGUGUAGGUGAGUCUCCUUCGCCGGGGGACUUCGGUAGCAGAUCGGAGGAGGAAGAAAAGGCUGUUGGGGCUUGGAUGCUUCUGCCGUCAGAGUCGUCCCUGCAAGACUUCACGCCCUUGACUAUCGGGACCUUUCUGCAUGAUCUGUUUCUCGAGACCGCGUUCUAAUUUCGUGACAGAACAAC